CACCUCCACCUCGUGUUCUCAUACCACGUAAUGCAAGUGUUGAACCUAGAACGGAUGCAAUACUCACGUGUAAUAUCUUUAGUUUACAUGAAAAUAUUGAUGUUCGAUGGUAUCGAGGUUUAGAUCCAAGAUUUGAAUUAAAGAGUGGACGUCGUCAUACAAUUAAAUUAAAUCAAGAUACACCAGCUGGUGGUUUAACAUCAGCUUUUACAAGUACAUUAACAAUAAGGAGUGCAACUGAAAGUGAUGCUGGCAAGUAUAUUUGUGAAGCAGAACAUAAAGGUGGUCUAAGUGAAGCAGAUGGAUUUUUAAUUAUACACACUCGUCCUAUUAUCAAUACAGAUGAAGAAAUUGUAACAUUUAAAGAAGGCAGUUCACUUGUAUUAAGUUGUCGUUCCGAAGGAGUACCAAGACCGAAAAUCAUCUGGGCAUAUAAUGAUGUACCCAUAACAAUAUCUACAGAUGAUGAUCAACGUAUCACAGUGAUUGAAGAGUUCUUUGAAUCAAGAUUAAUUAUUCGUCCAGCUAAAUCUGGUGAUGCUGGAAAUUAUUCAUGUAUAGCUAUUAAUUCCGCUGGUAAUAAUUCAAUUAAUAUUAUGGCGAAUUUUAUAUUACCACCAAAAAUUGACAAAUUAGAAAUGUCUAGUCUAUUACCAGUUGAAGGUCAAGAACAAAUAUUUACAUGUCAUGUAAUUGGUAAACCAAAACCGAAAGUAAAAUGGGAUUUUAAUGGAAGUCCAGUUACUAGUAGUCCAGGAAUUCAUAUUGAUGAAGAAAAAGGAGUAUUGAAAUUACUUUCAGUUCGUCAAGAUAUGAAAGGUGAAUGGACUUGUUUAGCUGAAAGUAUUGCUGGUUAUACAAGAGAAUCUGUAUUAAUGGAUGUUGGUU